AUGGCUGAUUCCAUCAAUCAUAGUAUCAUUCAGCAAGAGCAAAUAGAUUAUGAACAACAAGAGCUUGAUGAUGCAAUUUCCCGAAAAGAACCCAUGAUUCGCUAUGGAGAUAUUAAGAAGUUAUUGGAAGACUGUGCCAAUACCCAUCUGGUUCCAUUUGCAGAGUUUAAUUUCUCGAAUCAAAAGGCUGCCCUGGUGAAUUAUAAAGCCCUUACCUCAAAAAAGACACACAAACAAACUCAGGGAUACUUUAAAAAUUAUUACAAUCCGUUUCCAAAACUGUUUUAUACGCUUCCAAAGACAUCAAUCACUGGAGCUGCUAUAUUCAUUAAAAAGAUACUCUGUGAGGAGAGUGGACACGAGGAGUUGAGAGAGAAGCUUAAAAAACUUCCAGCAGAAUACCCAGCAAAUUUCCAACAACUCUCUGACAAAUAUAGAGAAUACUUGCAAAGUCAGCACUAG